GCUUUCAAAGCCAAAACUUCCGGUUUCUGGCAGGAAUCGUUUCAUUGUGUGUACGUUGUUGAAAUGGGCUCGUAGUUUGUAGCGCGUCAAAUCUGCAGUUUCGGCGCGGACACGGUCGGUUCUGCUGCUUCAGUCAAGUCGCGGGAUCUUCAGCGAACCGGAUCCGAAGCGUCGCGGAGAUUGUCGUUCUGGACGCUUCGCUCGGCGAGCCUGCCGUUCGUUCAUCCGCGGCGCGCUCGGCUCUUCGGAACGCAUCGAGUUUGGCUUUCAGCUGCGUUAAACUCGACCGCCUCUCCCUGGAAGUUCCCGUUAUGAACGGGUUCAGCACGGAGGAGGACAGCCACGACGGGCCGCCCGCGCCGCCGUUCUUCGGGCAGAGCUGCUGUCUGAUCGAGGACGGGGAGCGCUGCGGCCGCGCGGCGGGGAACGCGUCCUUCAGCAAGCGCAUCCAGAAGAGCAUCAGCCAGAGGAAGCUCAAGCUGGACAUCGACAAGAGCGUUCGGCAUUUGUACAUCUGUGAUUUCCACAAGAACUUCAUCCAGAGCGUUCGCAACAAACGCAAGAGGAAGACCAGCGAUGACGGAGGAGAGUCUCCUGACCACGAUGUAGAAGUGCCGGAGGUGGAUCUGUUCCAGCUUCAGGUCAACACACUGAGACGCUACAAGAGGCACUACAAGAUCCAGACCAGACCUGGACUCAACAAAGCCCAGCUCGCAGAGACCGUGAGCCGUCACUUCCGCAAUAUUCCAGUCAAUGAGAAGGAGACGCUCACGUACUUUAUUUAUAUGGUGAAGAGCAGUAAAAGCCGGCUGGACCAGAAACCAGACGCGAGCAAACAAGUGGAGUGACGUUCCCCAGCGAGCGGCAGAAAGCCAUGAUUUAUGAUGUGCAGAUGUUAGCUGGCUUUGCAAUCCUCUUUGAAUACUUACUGUGUUUUUUGUCCAUACGGGAGUCACUACAGUCACAUGCUUGUGUAGUGAUGAUGAUGAUGAUGUGCCAAACCUCACAGUAACUUUAUUAAAGCGCUGGCGUUUGAGUGACGGCGAAUCCGGCCUCUCUAAUGCUCCAAUUUCACCGCUUGUCCAGUGAGGACCUGAUUGAAAGCAUGACAGAGACUGAAUGACUGCAGACCUGCUCUCUCGUGUCUCUCACCCCCCCCCCCCCCCCAGAAGAGCACUGUCUGAGGCUCUCUAUUGUUUCUGUUGUGUUCAUCUGCUGUGUUUCACAUCCGUCUCUGCUUUUAUAUGACUGCUGCAUAUCUGCUGUGUAUGGUGUUUUUUGUAGCUUGUAAUGUUAGUUUUCUUCCUUUCUUUGUGUGAAAUAAUCAGUCUAAAUACAGCUGUUGUGGCACUGCUCAUGUUUAA